AUGUCCCUUCGAUCUUCUGUCAACUUGCGAAUCGUAAAACCAAACAGACUUAUCAAGCCUACUAUUGUCUCUCGAUCUAUUAUUACUUGUUCUAGACCACUUAUCCAACCUACCCAUAUCAAGCAAUACAGAAUGGCAUCAAUCCUUUCAGCCACAGCCAAAGCUGCCCACUCAGCAGUAGCCAACCUCGCUUCUGCUUCUCCUAUCAAAGCUGGAGAUGCAGUUCCAGAUGUCGAAGUCAGAGUCAACGAUCUUGAGGACAGAGUCAACUUUUCAAAGUUACAAGGUAAAAACGUAUUGGUUCUUGUACCAGGAGCCUUCUCUCCUACCUGUUCUUCACAAGUUCCAGGAUAUCUCGAUCAGUACUCAACUUUCCAAUCAAAGGGAGUCAAGGAUAUCUACGUAGUUUCAGUCAACGAUAUGUUCGUUAUGAACGCUUGGAAAGAGAAAUUAUCAGGUGGUAAAGACGUUGUCAAGUUUGCCGCUGAUGACGAAGGUAAACUCGCUUCUGCCCUUGGACUCGUCUUGGACGCUCAAGCGAUCUUCGGUGGUCCAAGACUCAAGAGAGGUGCCGUCGUUUUCGAAGAUGGUAAAAUAACUCAUGUAGCAGUUGAACCUUCUCCAGCUGAAGUCACCGUCUCUCACGCUGAUGAGAUCCUCAAAACCUUAUAA